AUGAAGGCAGCUGCGACUGAUAUUCCACAGCCGGACAGAGCGGUGGGCGUCUUUCUUGACGAGGAGAAACUCAUCGCCGACAUGGGAUUCCCCAUAAGCCCGGACGACCUCAUCGCCAAGGCCAAGUACGCCUUGGACGGCGGCCGGUACCUGACCGACGAGGAGCUGGUGGACCCCGACAAGUUCACCUUCAACGCGCCUGUGGUGGGCCCCCUGAGCUACGCGGAAUUCACCACCGCCUUCAAGGGCUUCGGCCUAACAGAAGCGUUCCCGGACCUGCAGCCGUGCAUCUACCACUUCCGUGUGGACCCGUACCAGCCUGGCCGUGUGUGGUUCACGUCUCGGUCUUGGGGCGUCAAUACUGGCCCGCUGAUGGGUGGGGAACCCACAAACAAGGUUGCCGACGCGCCUCCGCAGAACAGCAGCUUCACAUUCAGCGAAGGCGGCAAGAUUGUGGACAUGACAGUUGGAUAUGUGCAGGACAAGAGGCUGGGCAAUCAGGGCGGGUUGGGGGCCGCGUUCGGCAUGCUCUACGCCGUCGGAAAGGGUUUGCCAUUUCCCGAGGGUCAGCCAUAUAAGAUAAGCUGGAGAUUCAGACUGGUCAACCUCUUGGGAAGCAUCACCCGGCGGCUGCGGAAGGGCCGCGGAUAG